AUGUUCUUUAAAAGAUGAGAGAAGUAGCUAGAACAAACCGAAGCAGUAGUGCAGAUAGGUGGUUUGAACUUUAUUGAUUUGAUGGUGCGACAGGGGAAUAUCGACAACCCUCCUAAGACGCCACUUGUUCCUGGGUUUGAAUGCUCUGGAAUUGUAGAAGCUCUUGGAGAUAGUGUGAAAGGAUUUGAGAUUGGAGACAGAGUCAUGGCUUUUGUAAACUACAAUGCAUGGGCUGAAGUAGUGUGUACCCCAGUAGAAUUUGUCUACAAGAUCCCAGAUGACAUGAGUUUUUCUGAAGCUGCUGCGUUUCCCAUGAACUUUGUAACUGCCUACAUGAUGCUCUUUGAAGUUGCUAACCUGAGAGAAGGCAUGUCUGUGCUGGUUCACUCGGCAGGAGGUGGGGUGGGUCAAGCUGUUGCUCAGCUCUGUUCGACUAUUCCCAAUGUUACUGUUUUUGGAACAGCUUCAUCUUUCAAACAUGAAGCAAUCAAAGACUCAGUAACUCACCUGUUUGACAGAAAUGCAGACUAUGUUCAAGAAGUAAAAAGAAUCUCUACAGAUGGAGUAGAUAUCGUUUUGGACUGUCUUUGUGGAGAAAAUACUGGGAAAGGCCUCAGUCUUCUCAAACCACUUGGGACUUACAUUUUAUAUGGUUCAUCUAACAUGGUUACUGGGGAGACAAAAAGCUUCUUCAGUUUUGCAAAAUCAUGGUGGCAGGUUGAGAAAGUAAAUCCUAUCAAGCUGUAUGAGGAGAACAAAGUCAUUGCUGGAUUUUCCCUGUUGAAUCUACUUUUCAAACAGAACCGAGGUGGCCUGAUCAAGGGUGUGAUGGACAAACUCCUAAAUUUAUAUAACAGUAAGAAGAUCAAGCCUGUGGUUGAUUCAUUAUGGGCUUUGGAAGAGGUGAAGGAGGCCAUGCAGAGAAUCCAUGACCGAGGAAAUAUAGGAAAGCUAAUUCUGGAUGUGGAGAAAGCGCCCACUCCCCUGAUGGCCAACGACAGCACAGAGACGAGUGAGGCUGGAGAAGAGGAAGAAGACCAUGAAGGGGACAAUGAGAAUAAAGAGCGCAUGCCAUUCAUCCAGUAACAGCCAGAGGUGGUGAAGCAGAAAGAUUGAUGAAGUAGAAGGGAACAAGGCUGGGAAAUCUAUUCUGUGCAUCAGUGAACAAAUGCUGUAGUACAGUGUGUGUUGUAUUUGUCUGCAGUCAGCUGAGCUAUGAGCUGUUGAUCAUUGUUGUUUUGAACUCAAGUGCCAUUCCCAUCCAGUGCAGUAUUAUGACAUUCCUGUGUAGUACCCAGUUUCCCUGUAGGAGUCCCAUGGAUUUUUCUGUCCCGGUUUAAAAGCCUUAUUAACUUACUGUGUAAUUUUAGAUGGGCAUCUUUCUCAUGCGAAUUCCAACAUUUUGCAUAAAGUUAUUGGGGGGGGUUGGGCUUUUUUUGCAAGUUGGAAACAGUAACAAAAAAAAUUCCCCACUUGCUGUCUGGAAGAUUUUAGUAACUGGAGGGAGGAUUUUGUGGAUUUUCAGUGUAAAAAUAGUUUUCCUUUUAUGAACCACAGAUAAAAGUUUCAA